AAAGGAUAACAACGAAAAAUGCACGACCUAUUUACAACCGUCCUGUCCAAAAGGGACCUAUCCCGGGCCGGUGAACUGUUUUCCAUAGCUGAUUACGAGAUUGUAAAUGAUCUCACCGAAGUGUUGGAAGAGAUUUCGUCCAUCAUCUCCCACGAAGACUAUCUGCACAACAGUAACGACCAAUCUGUAAUAGAAAUCUGCAUCAACCGGGUAACGUCUUGCAUCAAGAAGACGCACACAAUCGAAAAGCACUGUGCCGGGCUGGUCAACCUGCUGGAGACAUGCCUUCGCUAUAAUCUACAACCAACGGGGAAGGAUGUGGAUCCACCACAUGCGAAAAUAUCGUCCGACAUAAUUUCCAGCAUCUUUCUGAACUACAACAAGCAAGUCGUGAUGGAGGUUACGUUGCCCGUUGCGGUCAAAUUUCUCAACCAAGGAAACCUCGAACUGUCCCGCAACCUCGCCAGCUACCUAUCAUCGGCCGCGAUCGAGUACUCGUACCUUCUUUCCCCACACGUGCACGUUAUCCUCGAAUCACUGCUCAGCGGCAACUAUGGCCUUUGUCACGUCCUGUCCCAAAUCUACGAAGCAACACCAGACCCCAUCAACGAUGCAGGGCCAAAGUUUGUGGAAAUUGUGCCACGGUGCGAGCUGCAGGAGCAGCUGGUCAUUCUGCAGCUGCUCGUAACGAUCGCCAAACAGAAACCUUCCUGCCUAACUGAAAGCAUUCCUUGUCUGCUAGAGCUAGCCACAACACGGCCGCCACUAUCGGCGGCGGCCCUACUCGUGCUACUAAAGCUAGCCGAAUCCAAACCGAUCAAGCUGGCCGAAUAUACGGAAGCGUUCAAGCUGAUCGCUCACUCCGUACCGCAGACGGUAGGUUUCGCCGCACAAAUCCUCUCCGCCAUUGGGCGUUGUGGGAAGGAUCGGGCCCAAGUUGCGCUGGACUUUGUGCUGGAGCAUCUGCCACGGGCCGAUCGGCCAUUGCAGACGAUUCUGCUGAACGAAGCAACAAAACUGUGCACGAAGUAUCCGGUGCUGUUUACGGACAAAGUUACCUCGGUCGUACGGCAACGGCAGCUAAGCAAUAACAGUCAGAUUAAGCAGACUGCGUCCGGUGGGGUGACGAUUGUGAAUCUAAAUUCGUCUGCUACGCUUCCCACACCAACAGCCACUGGGCUAGGGACGACUGCGAAUCCUGCGUACUCUAGCAGUGUGCAAGGCAAUGGAGGAUCCUCUAAUGGACCGUCCACUAUUGCUGGGGUUGGUAUGAUAGGUACUAGCUCCGUUGGCUACACCCAACACGUACUCGAUCAUGGCCGGCCUAUAGUGUCGAAAACGCCGAACGUGGCCAUUAUAAGCAAUGGACAUACGCACACCGGUGGUACGAUGAUGUCGACCACCGUCAUCAACACCUCGAACGGUACAACGCUCAGUUCGACCAUCCAUCCGGCAUUGCUCACCAACUUUAUGAAUGCGGCAAACGGAAUGCCUAGCACUGGUACGUCCACGGCAACCAGUGUCACCACAGGGACGGUAUUAAAUGGAUCUAGUGUUGUCUCUCCGACGCCACAUCACACGGGAUACACCCGGAACCGACCGAAGCUAGGGGAUUCGCGCAGUACCGGACGGCUUCAUUCUGGUGGCGGUGGUAGCAAUAAGAGUACGACUCGUCUUAACAAUGCCGGCGGAUCAAUGGGUGGACUGCACAAGUCGCGGCUUGGCUCAUCGCAACUCAUCAAUCAAUUCAACGGCGAUAUCGGACCGGGCGUAUCGAUUGAUCCAGAAAAAUCGACCACCGUCGGUGCCGGUGGUACGAACGGUGGACCAUCGGUGGUGGACGGUUCUUCCACUGUGCACAACAACAUCAUCAUGCACAGCAACAGUCAUCAUUCGAGCGGAAAUGUCGCUAUCAAGGGUAUGAUGGCCAGCAGUGGAAGUGGAGGCGGUUUGUUGGGGAACUCGAUUCCGCCACCCCUUAGCCAGCACGUGACGAUAACGGGCGAGAACAAGUGGGGCAUACCACAGACGAAGAUUACGUCGUGUGGCGUUACCGUCACGACGUCGCCCACCCGUGCACCGCGGCCAUAUUCGCACGGUCCGAGCAAUACACUGAUGGGAUCGACCGGUGCGCUCGGUGGCAAGAGUUCGCUCGGCGGGCUGAAUCAAUCAACCGGAUCGAUCGGUAUCCAAGUGCACCAUGCAUCUCCAGCCUCACCGACGAUGUUUAACAAUCAUUCGCAGCAAACAUCGCCGCAAUUAACGACAACGCUAUCGCUUCAUUCAAGCGACGAUCCAAGCAAUCAGGUAAUUGUAUCCGGUCCCGCAACCGUAACAACCCGUCCCCGGCACAACGACAACCGUAGCGUAACGAUUCUGAACGCGUCAUCAACCACUACGCGGAUGAGCGUGUUCGAACCAUACCCAAUGCGAGACACCAUUCAACACUUCUGCGAAAAGCAUCUGGACAAGAUCAAAUCCUACACGGAAGCGGUCGCGCACCGCAUUCCACCACCGGCCAAAUGUAUCAUCGAGGAACGGCGUGCGAAAAAGAUGGCCAAACUCCACUUCGCCUGCCAGGUGCGGGGGCCACACUGUCUCUACUCGCGCACCAUGUUCACGAUGCGUACACGCAACCCACGCACCUGGAUCCAUUUGAUGUUUCUCGAUCUGCAGGCACGGGCCGGCAAGAAUGCGCUCAGCAGCUGGGACCCGAGCGUUAGCCGUCUCAAACACUGCUGGGACACACUCAAGUGUGAAAAUCGAACGUUCAUCACGCUCGUCACCAGUGCGUUCCCAAAUGGCAAAGAGCAGGAAGCACUUGUGAACGAACUGCGCCAUGCCGGGUUCUUUGACGUGUUCGAAAUGGGGCCAGUAAUACUCGGUCCGGGAAGUGUACCGGCCGGUACAACAACUACCGGCGAAACCCAGACGGCAAGUGGUGCAUCUGGUUCGACUGGUACCACCACAUCCGGCGUAGGUUCAACGUCCGGCGGUGAUGCAAGUGCUGCGUCCAACGGUGGCAGCACGGAAGAUCUGGAAGUGUUCCAGUGGGGUUGCUUCCUUUGCCACCAUCCGGAGAAAGCGAUCGGCUUUCUGCACGGUAACAAUCAACCGGUCAUUGAGGGCCAGCUGAAGGAGAAGAAGGGAAAAUGGCGCUUGUUCCGACGAUGGCGCACGCGGUACUUUACGCUGUCCGGUGCGCACCUAUCGUGCAAGGGGUCGGUCAGUGAGGCCGGUGGUGAAAGUAUCGACGUCAACCAGAUCCGAUCGGUGAAGGUGUCCCGGGGAGCACGCAACAUCCCGAAAGCGUUCGAAAUCUUUACCGGCGAUCAGACGCUUAUCCUCAAGCCCAAGGACGGUAACAAGGCGGAAGAAUGGGUGCAAUGUUUGAGCAUCGUGCUAGCGCACUCACAGGCACGCGACAGUCCAACGACACGCACCAACAGUCUUCCGGCGCGCAGUAUUGGCAACAGUCGGACGGUCUUCUAG